CUCAGGCUCUUCCCCUCCGUCUAGGUCUGGAUGGAGGAUACUUUAAAGUGAAAUGACAGACCAGGAGAAUAACAACAACAUCUCAAGUAACCCCUUUGCUGCCCUUUUUGGCUCUCUGGCUGAUGCCAAGCAAUUUGCAGCAAUCCAGAAAGAGCAGCUGAAGCAUCAGUCUGAUGAACUUCCAGCAAGUCCUGAUGACUCGGAUAAUAGCGUGUCGGAGAGCCUGGAUGAAUUUGACUAUUCUGUGGCUGAGAUCAGCCGCUCGUUCCGGUCCCAGCAGGAAAUAUGUGAGCAACUCAACAUCAAUCACAUGAUCCAAAGGAUCUUUCUCAUUACUCUGGACAACAGUGACCCAAGCAUGAAGAGCGGAAAUGGCAUCCCCAGUCGCUGCGUGUACUUGGAAGAAAUGGCUGCAGACCUGGAAGAUCAGGACUGGCUCGAUAUGAACAAUGUGGAGCAGGCUGUCUUUGCUCGCUUGUUACUUCAAGACCCUGGCAAUCACUUGAUUAACAUGACCUCUUCGACAACAGUGAAUCUCUCUGCUGAUCGAGAUGCUGGAGAAAGGCACAUUUUUCGCUACCUGUAUUCCUGCUUCCAAAGAGCUAAGGAAGAGAUCACCAAAGUUCCCGAGAACCUCUUGCCCUUCGCAGUGCAGUGCCGGAACCUCGUGGUGUCCAACACUCGGACCGUGCUCCUCACACCAGAGAUCUACGUAGACCAGCACAUCCAUGAGCAGCUGGUGGACUUGAUGUUAGAAGCCAUCCAAGGAGCUCAUUUUGAAGAUGUGACUGAGUUUUUGGAAGAGGUGAUUGAGGCCCUGGUGUCCGAUGAGGAAGUUCGGACCUUUCCCGAAGUCAUGAUUCCAAUGUUUGAUGUCCUGUUGAACCGAAUCAAAGAUCUGGAGCUGUGCCAGAUGCUGCUGUAUGCCUACCUGGAUAUUCUCCUCUAUUGCACUCGGCAAAAGGACAUGGCAACGGUCUUUGUCGAAUACAUUCAGCCCAAGGACCUGAGCAACGGACAGAUGUACCAGAAGACCUUGCUGGGCAUAAUCCUGAAUAUCUCCUGCUUGUUGAAGACUCCGGGGGUUGUCGAAAACCACGGCUACUUCCUGAACCCAUCUAGGUCCAGUCCCCAGGAGAUCAAAGUACAGGAGGCCAACAUCCAUCAGUUCAUGGCUCAGUUCCAUGAAAAGAUCUACCAGAUGCUGAAGAACUUACUCCAGCUCUCUCCAGAAACCAAGCACUGUAUCUUGUCCUGGCUUGGAAACUGCCUGCAUGCGAAUGCCGGCCGCACCAAGAUUUGGGCCAAUCAGAUGCCAGAAAUCUUCUUCCAAAUGUAUGCAUCAGAUGCCUUCUUCCUGAACCUGGGUGCUGCCCUCCUGAAGCUCUGCCAGCCUUUCUGUAAACCCAAAUCCUCACGGCUGCUCACCUUUAAUCCCACUUACUGUGCCCUGAAGGAGCUGAAUGAUGAAGAACGAAGAAUUAAAAAUGUACACAUGAAAGGUUUGGACAAAGAGACCUGUUUGAUCCCUGCUGUACAGGAGCCAGAGUUUCCUCAGAACUAUAACCUCGUCACAGAGAAUCUUGUUCUUACAGAGUACACUCUGUACCUGGGAUUUCAUAGGUUGCAUGAUCAGAUGGUAAAAAUCAACCAAAAUCUGCAUCGGCUGCAGGUUGCCUGGCGAGACGCUCAGCAGAGCGGUAGCCCUGCUGCCGACAAUCUACGGGAGCAGUUUGAGCGGCUGAUGACCAUCUACCUUUCCACCAAGACCGCCAUGACAGAGCCCCAGAUGCUGCGUAACUGCCUGAACUUGCAGGUGUCCAUGGCGGUUCUGCUAGUGCAGCUGGCCAUAGGCAACGAGGGUUCACAGCCAAGGGAGCUGACCUUUCCUCUGCCAGAUGGCUACAGCUCUCUGGCCUAUGUGCCAGAAUUUUUUGCAGAUAACUUGGGUGAUUUCCUCAUUUUCCUCCGCCGCUUCGCCGAUGAUGUCUUGGAGACAUCAGCAGAUUCCUUGGAGCAUGUCCUUCAUUUUAUCACCAUUUUCACUGGCAGCAUAGAAAGAAUGAAAAAUCCUCACCUAAGAGCCAAACUGGCUGAGGUGUUAGAAGCGGUGAUGCCCCACUUGGAUCAAACCCCAAGUCCCUUAGUAUCCAGUGUAUUCCACCGGAAGCGUGUGUUCUGCAAUUUUCCCCAUGCCCCCCACCUCGCAGAAGCUCUAAUUAAGGUCUUCGUGGACAUAGAGUUUACAGGAGACCCCCAUCAAUUUGAACAGAAGUUUAAUUAUCGCCGUCCCAUGUACCCAAUCCUGCGGUAUAUGUGGGGAACGGAUCCUUAUCGAGAGAGUAUUAAGGACUUGGCGGACUAUGCCUCUAAGAAUCUAGAAGCCAUGAACCCCCCACUUUUCCUCCGCUUUCUCAACCUGCUAAUGAACGAUGCUGUCUUCCUUUUAGAUGAAGCCAUACAGUAUUUGAGCAAGAUCAAGAUUCAGCAGAUUGAGAAGGACCGUGGCGAGUGGGACAGCCUGGCCCCAGAAGCCCGGCGGGAAAAGGAAGCCGGCCUGCAGAUGUUUGGCCAACUCGCGCGUUUCCAUAACAUCAUGUCCAACGAGACCAUCGGUACCCUCGCUUUCCUCACGUCAGAGAUCAAGUCCCUCUUCGUGCACCCCUUCCUAGCCGAGCGCAUCAUCUCCAUGUUGAACUACUUUCUGCAGCACUUGGUUGGGCCCAAAAUGGGAGCCUUAAAGGUCAAGGACUUCAGCGAAUUCGACUUCAAACCCCAACAGCUUGUGUCAGACAUCUGCACCAUCUACUUGAAUCUUGGGGAUGAGGAGAACUUCUGUGCGACUGUACCCAAGGAUGGACGCUCCUACUCCCCCACUCUGUUUGCACAGACAGUCCGAGUCCUGAAGAAAAUAAAUAAGCCCGGGAAUAUGAUUGUGGCAUUCAGCAAUUUAGCAGAAAGAAUCAAGUCUCUAGCCGACCUCCAGCAGCAGGAAGAGGAGACCUAUGCGGAUGCAUGCGAUGAGUUCCUUGACCCCAUCAUGAGCACACUGAUGUCGGACCCCGUGGUGCUGCCGUCCUCCAGAGUCACUGUGGACCGGUCCACCAUCGCCCGCCAUCUGCUCAGUGACCAAACAGAUCCCUUUAAUCGUAGUCCCCUCACCAUGGACCAGAUCCGGCCAAACACAGAACUGAAAGAAAAAAUCCAAAGGUGGCUUGCAGAGAGGAAACAGCAAAAGGAGCAACUUGAAUAAAUACUGUGAACUAAAGAAAUCAAACCAAGCCCAGAGUGUAGGAGCACUGUACUUUCUUGCUGUCUGCUUCUGUCACUCUUCUUUCUCUCUUUUUCUUUUUCCCUUUCUUGACUCCAUUAGAGAACUGCUCCUGCUCAAAUUAUGAUCAUUUUGAUUCCUAAGAACUUGACAAUGCUCACCCAGCUCACAGGAAUGAUACUUAUGACAGCCUCCCCAGGUUUAGAAUCGUCACUCAUUUUUUUUCCCCAUGUUCUUUCUUCUUUUCACUUCCUUCUCCUACCUUAAUUUAUAUUAACUUCCACUACUAAAACUUGCUGUUACUAUUUUCCUUUCAAGAACUGCUCAGAUAUCAUGGUGAGCACAAUUGCUUGUAAGUAUGCGAAGUCCUGUGAGAGCUCUGAUACCAUCAGAACUGCCUGUUAUAAAGGUAGUCACACGUCCUCCUGCCCCCAACUGCCCUUUUCCACCUUCCUUUUAAGCUUUAUACUGUUAUGACCUUUCACCUCUUGCACAUAAAAGAUACUUUGACAUUUGAGUGGUCUUUUGAGUAAGGUGAUAGAUGAAAUGAAAGAAAGGAAUCUUAGGUAAUGUCUCUUGGUAGCAUUCACUAUUGUAUUAUCUCGUAACUGAAUAUUUUUAUGUCUUAACCAGGGAGUACAGACAAGUACGUGAGUUGUUCAUGAGCACAGGAAACAUAACCUUAUAGGAUAUUUAAGAGGAUUGAUUGAUUGAUUGAUUGAUAGAUGGACUUGAUUCCCAAACCUGAGCAACAAAUUCUGAGGUGAGCAAAUAAAGGCUGCUCUUUUUUUUUUUUUAAUGGAAAUCUUUACUACAAAGAUUAGACUUCAGUAGAAGAGACUUAGAUAGCAAAUACCAUACCCCUACAAAAAUGUUACAAUAGGCCAUAUUUACUAUGGCCCACACACUGUAGGCUAAAUUCCGAGACUCAAAAACUCAUCAAGUUCAUGUUUGCUUGGGGUUAGGGAUGUCUAACUCAGGAUUGGGUCACCAAUUAACAAAGUAGGAAUCUGAUCACAACCUUAUCCACCAGUUAUUCGUUCCACUACCCACCUGAGUGGAAGAUAUGAUGGGUGCACCCCACUCAGACCAGGUGGACUUCACUGCUGAGUGAGACAUAUUCCCCCUCUGGACCUACCUGCCUCUCUUUACACAGCAUUAUCUUACAGAGCCCAAAGACCUCAUCAAUGACAGACUCAACACCUAUCUAGAAGUUGGGGGUCAGGGCAGUUGCAUUCAGAGGAGAUAAGGGCCCCUCCGAGGCAGCUGCCUGAUCAUUCACCAGACGGUGCUAUAAGCAGCUUUUGAGCUGGAUGGUGCCAGUUGGAAAACUGCAACUCAGAGCAACCUGCACUGGCUGUGAAGCUGAUGUUUGUUGCCCAUCACUGUCUCACUGUCCUGAUUAAAGCCAGAGCCCUUUUUGCAGCUGCCAGGUUGUCAGUGGUGACUCCUGUGUGCUGCCUGGGCCUCCUGGCAUACUUCGGGGGAUCAUUUUCUUAAACUGAGCUGCGAUCGCGUAUUUAUUAUCCUCCUUUACUUUGGAUAGUGACCUGCACGUGUAUACAAUAAGCUUCCACCUCCUUGCAUUUAUCUUAUACACUUAAUCUAACAGGGUGUUUUCAGUUUUUUAGAGGGGCAAGGGAUGGGGGUCUGGAGCAAGGAGGGGAGGAGGACCUGAGGUUUGUGGGAGACAGUUGGAGGGAAGAAGGCUCAGACCCUGGAAAGGCAGCUCUCCUCAGCAACUUUCCAGUUGACAAGCCUUGAUGCUGCCUCUGCCUCUGUCUCUGUGUCUGUCAUGUACUUCGUCUUGGGAUUCUAUGUCUUUCCUGGUCCACUGUUCUGGUGUCCUGAGCUUUUUUCCUGAAAUUUUUUUAUGAAUGGCAAUGGUGUCAUCAAUGCUGCUGGACAUUUUCAUUCAUCACAAAACGGCAAAUGUGUAGCUUCGGGCCACCACUGGUAAUGAAAUCCAGUUUUCUCUAUGCCUUUUUAACUUUCCUUGAAGUCAUUUUAAUAUGAUGCUCCCCCAAAAAAUGUGAUCUUCAUGAUCAUCUUGCUACAGCACAGGGUUGUAUUAUGCACUUCUUAGAAGCUUCAAGAAGUGUUUUGUGGUCUCGAAAUCAGAAGCUGUUCCGAAUCUGUUAGGGCAGACUCUCUGCUGGCUGUGUGGAAUGAGUACCCUAGGAAAAGGAAGACUCAUCAGUUUUCAUGCGACCUACCAGGAGGGUAAUACUAUGCUAUGGAAAUGAUUGAAGUUUUGUCAAGCAAUCUGGGUCUGUGGGUUUUUGUUUUUCUUUUUUUUUUUUUUUUUAACUAAUCUUAAUGGCUAUGUGAAAACUGAAAGACACUUGAAAGAUUUUUAAGUGAUGCAGGGGAAGGUGCCAAUUGCUAUUUGGUAUCUCACUCCACAAAGGCUUCAUUACUUGAUUUGAUGCUGGUUGCUAAGCAGCGGCCGCACAGAGCUUAAGUCGGCUGGGUGCCUUUACAAGUCCGAGGCUGCGGCUGCACAGCGGAAGUCACAUGAGGAAACAAUGCCCAUGCUCUCACUGCAAAAGAGAAGACUGAGAGAGAAAAUGAGAACAGAACAGCCACAAGGGGAAUUGAAAUAAAACUGGAUCACCAUUAACUCUGUUUUGAAACAUUCCAGGAAGAUGACUUCUUAACAGGAAGGUGACUUAUCAAACUUGCCCAGGGAGGGGGGUGUCUGUUCAGAAGCCUGUAUUUAAUAAACGACCACCUGAAUAAA